AUGCAGAGGGAACUAAACCUGGUACCUCAAUAUUAUGGAGUCGGUCCUUGGGUUUACCCAGCAGGACUUUUGCCUCAGGCUCCACCACAAGCUGCAGCUCCACCGCCACCCAGAAGACCAUUGACACCUUCUUCAGCGGCAGCCGCCGCUGCUGCCGCUCAAGACAGUGCUAAUAAUCUUGCACAGACGGUUCAAGGACAGUAUCAAGUAAUACCUACAUACUAUGAUCAAAAUGGGUCCUUAGUAAUGGCGGGUGUACGAGGUCUUGGAUCAGCAGCAACACCCAUGAGAUUAGUCAGUCCAGCGCCUGUUCUUGUUAACAGAGCUCCUUCACAACCGCCAGGUCCACCGGCACCACCUCCACCGAGUCUAUAUUCACAGCCUACCUCAACAUCUCAUAAUAAUGCUACACCCGGCGAAUGCUUAGGUCUUGCGGCAGGAAGUGCGGCAGUGAUAGCUCAAGCUCAAGCGGUAGCUGUACAGCAAGCACAACAACAGGGUACAGGACUUGCUGCUGGCUUGGCAGCUUUGGGUUACGGUGGCUCGCCACUUGGUGCCCUUGGCUCGCCGGCUCAACUACAGAGCACAGGUUUAGGUCUUGGAGCGUCAUCAACGGGUAGACGAGAUUCAUUUGAUCGAAAUACAUCAGCAUUUAGUCCAAGCUUGGAAUAUAGCCGUGGAAAAUGGCCACAAAGUUAUGGUGCCUUAGGGACUGUAACUGCUUCUCCCAGUCCUUUAGGGCUCUCUUUGACGCCACCACCGACAAUUGGAGGAUCAUUAGGUGGUCUAGUCGGCGGAGCUAACCGCGUGUCAGCAGCACCUGGCGCCGAAGCUAAAUUCCGCACAAGUGCAGUACCCACUUUAACAGCAAACGGUGUAUUUGGAUCAAGUAGUUCUCUCUUUCCAAACUUAGUUGGAAAACCUGGACGUAGUGCAGCGUCAGGAGUGGGAGACAAAGGCGCGGGUGGUCGUUCACGAUUAUUAGAAGAUUUUAGAAAUAAUCGUUUUCCAAGUCUCCAAUUACGAGAUCUCGCCAACCAUAUCGUUGAAUUCAGCCAGGAUCAACACGGCUCGCGUUUCAUUCAACAGAAACUUGAACGUGCAUCAGCAGCAGAAAAACAACUCGUAUUCCAAGAAAUUCUUGCGUCUGCAUAUUCACUUAUGACUGAUGUGUUUGGAAAUUAUGUGAUUCAGAAAUUUUUCGAGUUUGGCACACCUGAACAAAAAUCGACACUCGCUCAAAAGGUUCGAGGUCAUGUAUUGCCACUGGCACUUCAGAUGUACGGAUGCCGAGUAAUUCAGAAAGCACUCGAGUCCAUUGGACCUGAACAACAACAGGAAAUUGUACGCGAAUUAGAUGGUCACGUGUUGAAAUGCGUGAAAGAUCAGAACGGAAAUCAUGUCGUUCAAAAAUGCAUUGAGUGUGUUGAACCGCGAGCGCUUCAGUUUGUUAUUGGUGCAUUUGCCGGUCAGGUGUACUCUCUGAGUACACAUCCGUAUGGUUGUCGAGUGAUUCAGCGUAUUUUGGAGCAUUGUACACCCGAACAAACUCAAGGGAUUCUUCAAGAAUUACACUCAGCAACAGAUCAAUUGAUUCAAGAUCAAUAUGGAAAUUAUGUUAUUCAACAUGUACUUGAGCACGGUAAAAUUGAAGAUAAAGCACAGCUUAUUAGUAGUGUCAGAGGAAAAGUUUUAGCUCUAUCCCAGCAUAAAUUUGCAAGUAACGUCGUAGAAAAAUGUGUUACACAUGCUACACGACAAGAACGCGCUGUUCUUAUCGAGGAAGUCUGCGGUUUCAAUGAUAACGCUCUAAAUGUCAUGAUGAAAGAUCAAUAUGCGAAUUAUGUCGUACAGAAGAUGAUUGAUGUUGCUGAACCAGCACAACGCAAAGUAUUGAUGCAUAAAAUACGGCCACAUUUAAGCAGCCUCCGUAAAUAUACUUACGGAAAACAUAUAAUUGUUAAGCUCGAGAAGUUUUUCAUGAAAACAGCGUCAGCGAUUGGUGUCUCAUCUCCAGCAGGCACAACAAAUAAUACGAGUGAUCUUGGGCCAAUCGGACCACCGACAUCUGCUGCAGGUUCUGUACCGACACAAACUCAGCAAUCAACCCAGGUUUUGUAA